AUGCGAAGAGAAAAAAAUGAUCGUUUCGGAUUUACCAAUGAUGGCACAGUGAUACUAUCGUAUGAUUUUGAUACAUUUCCAUCGGCUCUAUCCAUUCGACCACAUGCUUUUCGUUGGAUUAAUGAACCUCGUCGAUUAACACAUUCAUCAACUACUAACGAUAGAAGUUUACAACCAACGACACGAGCAACAAAUUCCGAAAAAUUUCGUGUUCAACUUAAUGUAGCAGGAUUUAAUCCUGAAACAAUUCAAACACGUAUUGAUUAUUGA